UUACUUCCUGUUACUCAGAAAGCUCAUUUGGGCAAGUUGGUGUUUUUUCCCCUCUAAUGUGUCAUGGCAUAGUUGUUUAAAAAAAAGAAAAAGAAGAAGAAAGAAAGAAGGAAGUGUGUCAUCACUGUGGUUUUACUUCUCCACUUAGAACACAGGGCAUGUAAUUUCAGUUACAGAUUUGCUUAAAAAAAAACACAACACAACAGCAUUGUCCAAGUCUACUUCAUGUUAAUUGACAUUUGCAUCCAAAGAGCAAACGCAUGCACAAAGAAAGCUUACUGUUAAAAGACUAAAUACCCAAACACCAGCUUGCUUUCAACUGCACCUUGGAAAGAAUUACCAAAACCUAGAAGCAUAUAGAUGUGCUUUGUUACCUUUAAAGUAACGGCUUCAAGAAGAAACACAUUUCUACAAACAGCGCUGUUAACGUCAGUCAUUCUUGAUAGCAUUUAUACACAAACAAGAUGUAAUCAACAGCACUUGGAAGAACCACUUCACUUUGUUAACAGGGACAGGUGACCAAAGAGGAAGAUGAAGACAAAGAGACAUGGCAAACCACAUUCUGCUUUCCCUCUUGGGAUAAUCUUUUCAUUGUGUUUGCAAAUAAGUGCAAACCAUACCGAUUACCCCAGGGUUAGCAAUGAAAUCUGGUAUCCAAUCUGCCAAAACCUAACUUGCAGUCAGAACAUAACAGAAGACAACACAACAUCUCUUCCAGGCACUGAUUUUAAUGGGAAACCAACACCCACUGCUGAAAUGCAGACAGCCACCCCCCAGUCUUUAUCUUCAACGAUGGACCCAAACUCCUCCACAUCUUCCUCUGCCCAAAGUGUUCCCAGCACUGGAGGACCAAGGAAUACCAGCAAACCCAAGAUGACCAUGACAAAAGAAACAUGUGAAGACAAUAAGUUUCUUAUACUGAUUUGCUUCAUUAUAAUAGCAGCCCUUGUACUCAUCUGCACCUUCUUGUUUCUGUCAACUAUUGUAAUGGCAAAUAAACUCUCCUAUCUCAAAAAAGCUCAACAAGAAAAACGUCGGCCCAGGAGUAAUGGUGAUAUUCUGGCUACCAACAGCUUCUGGCCAAGUGCAGCAGGAACGUGGCAGAGGAUCCCUAAGGAGACAACUGGGACUGACUUGGUAAUGCAGGACUUGCUAUCAGCGAGAGAUGCUGCAGUCCAAACAAAAACCCAAGACGAAUCUACUGAGAGUUACACUAAAGACACAGAUAAUAAACAUGAAAACAAAGGAACAAUGUCACACAAAAGCAAUUCAACCCAUUUUGUAGUUGAGAUUUAGUCAGCUAAAAAGACCUUCGGCUUUUACAUUUUAUACUGGAUUAAUAUGAGACAAAAACUUCACUUUCAAGUAACAACACACACUGUAACAUGAGAAAACUAAACCUCCAGGUUUCUCAUUUUUAAUGUAGUGGGUAUGCUGUAAAAACCUGUACAGCUAGAAGGGAGUAGGACUGCGUUGAAGAGAUUUUUAGAAACAGCACCAAGGCUGUUUUAACUCCUUUAACCAGAAAUCAUGGUUGUAGGAACCAAACAGGAUAAAGCAGAACAGAACUUUGCCAUUUUUAAAGACCACUGAGGGACAAAAAAAGAAAAGGACGGUUUGAAUAUGCUAUAUUUACGUAGAUUGAAGUGCUACAUAGGCACAUCCCACUUGCUAUUCUAAGAAAACCAUAAUUCAGUCACAAUGUUGAUGCCAUUAUCGAAUCAGGAACUACUCUGUUAAAAUGUCUUUGCAGGUUUAUUCUAUCAAAACUUCUUAAAUCAGCUUAACUGCUUUUGAACCAGGCUGAGCACAAUCAUGCAUUCUGCUUUGAAUUUAGGUGCAAACAUGCGAAGUUUGUACUGUGUGUUAAAAUAUAAGAACUCUUUCUUGUAACCAUCAAUAAACCAGAAAUAUCAGUUUUUAAAAUCAA